UCUGGGUUCGUGUGUGAGGUGCACUUAUAACAAGUUAACAACGGAGUCGGGAGAUCAGACAUGUCGUUCAGCCCCACGGCUUACCUUUUUAUUAUUUAUUCCAAGUCCAGUUACUUUUUCCUCUCUACGGCAACCCCGAAGGAACAUCUCAUCUCCAAUACCAAAACACCUGAGACAGUCUGUUACAGUCGUAGUAGUAGUAGAGGCAGAAUAACAACACGUACGUUGGAUUUAUUUUAGAGCCUGUAAAUGUUUGUAUCAUAAAACACACACACCAUCAUAUAAAUCAUAUCGUGGACUUUUUAUUGCGGUUUAUUCGCGCCGACGAAGCUGUGGGAGGAACUUUGGGACCCGACUAUAAGCGCGUGAGGGCCCUACGAGCUGGAACCGGAAAUGGAAUUAUACUGAACCGGAAAUACACAAAACACAUAACACACAAGCCCCAGUGGCUCCAUUUUUUUUUUGCUAGAGUUGAACUGUCGUCGUUCGACUUUUUUAUUGUGUAGACAGAUUUGUCUUUAUCCAUUUAUUGCUAGAUUGAAACAACGAAUUUUCCAAGAUGGGGGGCGGCGAUCUGAACUUGAAAAAGAGCUGGCAUCCCCAGACUAUGAAAAAUAUUGAACGUGUUUGGAAAGCUGAACAGAAACAUGAGGCUGAAUGCAAGAAGAUUGAGGAACUCCAGAAAGAGCUGAAAGAUGAACGAGCUCGAGAAGAAAUAACCAAAUUUGCACAAGAAGCCGGUUCCAUCAAGAAGAAGGAUGACCGCCUGGACUGGAUGUACCAGGGCCCUGCUGGUCAGGUCUCCAGAGAUGAGUAUCUUAUGGGACGUGCCAUUGACAAGCAGAUCACCGAUCAAUACGAGGAGCAAGAGAGUGGUCCAUCAGCUGAGACUGGCCUCCUGCCUGGGUCCAUUUUCAACCCCACCACUCCUGCUUCAAACCUCGACCUGGCUGCCAAGAUCAGGGAAGAUCCCCUGUUUGAAAUCAGGAAACGGGAGGAAGAAAAGAAGAGAGAAGUUUUGAGUAAUCCCGUGAAGAUGAAGAAAAUUAAAGAAAUGCUGCGCCUGAAUCUCAACAUGAAAGACAAGAAAAAGAAGAGAAAGAAGGGGAAAAAGGAGAAGAAAGUAGACAAAGAGAGAAGAAAGGAGAAGAAGCAUAAGAGAAGGAGUUCAAGUUCAAGCUCGAUUGAGGAAGCCGAGAAAAAAUACAGGUCACGUUCCCGAGAUGAAUUUUCAGCAGAUACCAAAUAUCGUUCCCAUCAUCAUCCAGGCUAUGGCCUACAGCUCCCAGCUGGCAGACAUCACCAGUCCUCAGCUCCCUCCAAUCACCCAGGGCACCGUGGGAGGAGCCGCUCCCAGUCGCCACACAGGAACAACAGGGAAAGCCACCACAACUCUUCUUCCUCACACAGAGGAGACAAGAAGGUUGAACACAGUGCUUCCAGCCAACAAGGAGAGCGUUACCAGAGACAGAGGCACCCUGUGUCCAAGAAGCUCUCUUCAGAUGAGUUGGAGCGCAAGAGGCGGGAGAUGAUGGACCAGGCCAAGCAGAGGGAUGAGGACAGGGAGAAUAAUGUGAAGAGAUACAAGAUACAAGAAGAGCAGGAAAAGCAGCAAGAACUAAAUGUCAAGUAUGACCGCCAUGCUGGCUUCAUUCAUAACAUGAAGCUGGACAGCGCUGCAAGCUCUUCCGUAGAGGACAGAGUGAAGAGGAACAUCCACUCCAUUCAGAGGACGGCAGCCUCCCUUGACAACUUCAUGAAGAGAUGAAGACACAACACAUGUAUAAUACAGAUAAUCUAAAUGAAAAGGCUUGGGAAGAGUAUGCCACCCACUCCUUCAUUUGUCUCUUUAAUGUAUUGAAGCAGAUGUGCAUGUAUUAAUGUAUCGGGGUGUGGUAAGAGUCUGUCAUGAGUUCGAACAAGGAACUACUGGCUCCAAAACUACCGGUUGCUUUUAUUUUGAAAAGUAUUUUCCAAAAUGGUAACGUAAUUUACAUUUCAGACUAUAAUGGCUGAUCUGUUCUAGUUACUUUCUUAAAAGCCAAUACCCCUUUAAUAUCCAUGUAAUCAGAACGUUGUAUAGUAUAUUGUUUUGGUUUUUACAGUAUAAUAGGAACUGCGUUUAAGGUUUUUGUAAUAUGUUUGUUACUUCGUGUUGUUACUCCCUUGAGUGACAAAUGGAAUAAAAACAUUUUCCCAC